ACUGAGGGUGCAGCCAUGGAGAAAAGGGCUCUGCUUCUCGUCGUGGUUAUUCUUCUCGUCGGCGGGCUCUCCGCCGCGGCGGCGGCCGGCUCCGGCGACACGGCCGUCAUCCGUCUUCCUAGCGACGCCGCCGCCUCAGAGAGGCCGUGGACAUGCUGCGACCGGCAGCCGUGCACCAAGUCGGCGCCGCCGUUCUGCUCGUGCCACGACACGCUCGAGCAGUGCCACGACGCCUGCAAGGAGUGCGCCAGGGUGAGGGAUUCCGACCCUCCGCGCUACAUCUGCAAGGACAUCUACGUCGGGGACCCCGCGCCCAGGUGCCACCGGGACGAAAGGAACCAAGCCCUCCACCGCGGCCCCCAAGAGAUGGCAGUUGUGAGGGGAGCCAAGAAGGGGAACGGCCAGGAGAGGCCAUGGAAAUGCUGCGACCGGGCCGUCCCGGGGCCGACCACGCAUGGUAAGGUGGUGUGGUACUGCAUGGACAAGGUGGAGCACUGCACCUGCAAGGAGUGCAUGAAGCUGGAGGGCAGCCACCGCUACUACUGCCUCGACGGAUACAAAGGCAGCGACCCCGGGCCAAGCUGCACCCAUGCGUGACGUUGAUCGUGUAGAAGAUGAGGAGCUUGAGACGUCGUCCACGGCAAUGGCUGCUGCCUCAAGCUCACUAGUAGAGGCCAGCAAGAGCUAGCAAGCUAGAGCUGCUAGCAGCGUAGCGUGUCUGCACGCCUGUGCGUGCGCAUCGAUGCAUCGUGGUCGAUGUGCUAGUAGUGUUGCAGUUGCCGACCUGUGAUAAUAACAAUAAGCGGUCUGGUAGAGUCUGAUCGCUUGAUCGAUGGCGAGGUAUGCUCGCAGUCUCGCCGGUAACACUCUGGAUCGAGUAGGUCUGUGCAAGUGUAACAGGUCGGAUUUUUUUACUACUGUUAUGCUUUUUCCCGUUUCCUGUCAGGAGAACAUGAAUGAAAUGAGCAUGCUGGGACUAUA